GUGCGUUGCGGGUGGAAGAUGGAGGCUGGAGGAGGAGGCGGCGGCGGCGGCGGGGGGCUCCUAGUCAACAAUAAACAGAGAUCAAUGUUACCCGGCAGAGGCAGGGGCGACUUCAUCCGCAACCAGAGGAAGGAUUCCGAGGGUUUCUCAGAGUCCCCAGAUCUGGAGUUUGAAUACGCAGACACUGAUAAAUGGACGGCAGAGCUCUCAGAGCUCUACAGUUACACCGAGGGACCAGAGUUUCACCUCAAUAGGAAAUGUUUCGAAGAGGAUUUCAGAAUUCAUGUGGCAGAGCAGAAGUGGACAGAGCUGGACGCAGCGCAGCACCGGGCUCACGCCAUGAGACUCCUGGACGGGCUGGAGGUGACCGCCAGGGAGAGGAGGCUCAAGGUGGCGCGAGCCAUUCUCUACCUGACUCAGGGCUCGUUCGGGGAGUGUGACUCGGAGGCUGAGGUCCAGCACUGGAUGAGAUACAACGUCUUCCUGCUGCUGGAGGCGGGGACCUUCACUGCGCUGGUGGAGCUGCUCAACAUGGAGAUCGAUAACAGUGCGGCCUGCAGCAGUGCGGUGAGGAAGCCAGCUAUUUCCCUGGCGGACAGCACUGACCUCCGGGUCCUGCUGAAUAUCAUGUACCUGAUGGUGGAGACGAUCCAGCGCGAGGACGAGGCAGACCGGCCGGAGUGGAGGGCAUCGAGGGAGACCUUCAGAACAGAGCUGGGCUCCUCUCUGUACAACAAUGAGCCCAUCUCUGUCAUGCUGUUCGGGAUGGUGACAAAGUUCUGCAGCGGCCACGCCCCCCACUUCCCCAUGAAGAAGGUCCUCCUGCUGCUCUGGAAGAGUAUUGUGUUCACACUGGGGGGGUUCGAGCAGCUGCAGACCAUCAAGAUCAGGAGGCGGGAGGGGCUGGGGCUGCCCCCCCUGCCCGAGGACAGCAUUAGAGUGAUCCGAAACAUGAGGGCUGCUUCGCCCCCCGCCUCCGCCUCUGACCUCAUCGAGCAGCAGCAGAAACGAGCGCGCCGUGAGCACAAGGGCCUGAUCAAGCAGGAUAACCUGGACGCCUUCAACGAGAAGGACCCGUACAAGGCAGACGACUCCCGGGAGGAGGACGAGGACAGCGAGGAGAACGACAACGCCCUGGAGACUGAGACCUUUCCCCUGGAGCGGGACGAGGUGAUGCCCCCGCCCAUCCCUCACGCCCCCUCCGAGAGGAUCUCCUUCCCCAAGGGGCUGCCCUGGGCACCCAAAGUCAGGGAGAAAGACAUUGAAAAUUUCCUUGAGUCUAGUCGGAGCAAAUUCAUUGGCUACACCUUGGGAAAUGACACUGACACAGUGGUAGGCUUACCCAGACCGAUUCAUGAAAGCAUCCGAACUCUCAAGCAGCACAAGUACAUCUCCAUCGGGGAGAUUCAGAUCAGGAGAGAGGAGGAGUACCAGAAGACUCCCUUGUCUGGGGGUGAAGAGGAAGUGGAGAUGAGCCCCACAGAGCUGCUGUACCAGGGCAUGCUGCCCAGUCUGCCCCAGUACAUGAUCGCCUUGUUAAAAAUCCUGCUUGCAGCCGCUCCCACCUCGAAAGCCAAAACGGAUUCCAUCAACAUCCUGGCUGACGUGCUGCCAGAGGAAAUGCCUACAACAGUGCUUCAGAGCAUGAAGCUGGGUGUGGAUGUGAACCGGCACAAGGAGAUCAUUGUGAAAGCGAUAUCCACUAUCCUGCUGCUGCUGCUCAAGCACUUCAAACUGAACCACAUCUACCAGUUUGAGUACAUGGCCCAGCAUCUUGUGUUUGCAAACUGCAUCCCCCUCAUACUGAAGUUCUUCAAUCAGAAUAUCAUGUCCUACAUCACAGCUAAGAACAGUAUUUCCGUGCUGGAUUUCCCUCACUGCGUGGUUCACGAACUCCCUGAACUAACCGCUGAAAGCCUGGAAGCCGGAGACACCAACCAGUUCUGCUGGAGGAACCUCUUCUCCUGUAUCAACCUGCUAAGGACCCUAAACAAACUCACCAAGUGGAAACACUCCAGAACCAUGAUGCUGGUGGUGUUCAAGUCGGCUCCCAUCCUGAAGAGGGCGCUCAAGGUGAAGCAGGCCAUGAUGCAGCUGUACGUGCUGAAGCUGCUGAAGGUGCAGACCAAGUACCUGGGCCGGCAGUGGAGGAAGAGCAACAUGAAAACCAUGUCUGCCAUCUACCAGAAAGUGCGCCAUCGCCUCAACGACGACUGGGCCUACGGGAACGAUCUGGACGCGCGGCCCUGGGAUUUCCAAGCGGAGGAGUGCGCCCUGAGAGCCAGCAUAGAGCGCUUCAACAGCCGCCGUUAUGACCAGACGCAGAGCAACCCCGACUUCCUGCCGGUCGACAACUGCCUGCAGAGCGUGCUGGGACAGCGUGUCGAGCUGCCGGAGGACUUCCAGAUGAACUACGACCUCUGGCUGGAGCGGGAGGUCUUCUCCAAACCCAUUUCCUGGGAGGAGCUCCUGCAGUGACCGCCCCCCUCCCUCCCCGAUCACACUGCUGCUCAGCAAACACUAAGGCGAGGCGGGGGGGGGCGGGGCGGUGGCUUGAUGGGGUUUUUUGUUUCAAUCCGGUCCUAAUAGAUGUGCGUUGUGUGUGCGUGCGACUGCCAGCUAUAUCUUGAGAAGAGUUCAGGGGCUGAUCCUGACCUGUAGUAUUGAACAGGAUCCGGUGUGGACAGUCUGUGCAGGGAUGGACUCCCAUUGCAUAGCGGUCUGAUCCAUUCCUGGUUUUACUGUGAGUUUAAUAAUUACACACCUGAGCUUGUUUCUGCACACUGGUGCUGAUCAAGCUGGUGUUAAAACCUGGAAGGGAUGAAACUGCUAUGCAAUAGGGGUCUUAUUUCCAUUUUUCCAUCGCUGGUGUGCAUCUUUUGUGGCUUGUGGUUUGUGCGUCUUGGGAACGGUUUGAAUGUUUAGGCCUGGGUUGAAACAAAAACCUGGAUCGGGAGUAGGCAGGACCUCAAACACUCUUGAGAGAAUAUUCAGACCUUAUUUUAUCCAGGCUCCUCUGUCUGAAUCAACUGGAGGACCAGUCAGAGCACUGAUAUGGAAAAGGAGGUGGCUUCAAUAUAUAGGAGCUGUACAGACAGGGAAACGCCUCCAGCGUGUGUCAGUGUGCACUGAUCGCAAUCCACUGCCUUUUACCCAAAGUGCAAACACACAAUUGAAACUGCUUGCUGUGCUAGUUGCAGUGAAUAUUUUUAAGCGCGCAUCUUUGUGUGUUCUCUCUAUCUGUAUACUUCUUAAAACAUGUGGCUUUGCAUAUGUGUGAACGGGGCAGGAAUGGGAAUAAGGCUCCUAUUGCACAGCAGUUUGACCCAAUUCCAGGUUUUAAUACCAGCUUGAUUGAGCACAGUGUACAGUAAGAAGCUGUGCUGGAAACCAGUUUCCUUCCAGCGCAAGGCAGUCUCUUACACUUAUUUCUGAAUGCAUUCAAAAAAAAAAAAAAAAAAAAUCCUUUUAAAGGUGUAUUUUUGAACACUGUUCCCAAUGCAAUCCUGGUUAUUUCUUUCUCUGCUAUUUUAGAAAGAUGGUUUUGAGUGGCCAGUGAUAACACAAUGAUGUCCGUUAAAAUUCAUAAUGAAUUCCGUCUGAAUCUCACGGCAAUCGCGUCUGAAUGUCUCCUGCAUCUCCGCUCAGUUCUGAGGUCGUUCAAGCUGAAUUCAGACCUGUUCAUUCAUGUGGAUAUAAGGCAUGCAUUCGUGGGUGAGAUGACGCUUCUCACAAUCCCCUGGUGGGAACAUGAAUCCAUGUGAACAGCAUCAUUCAUGACAAAGGAGAAUGAGAAGAAUGAACGGAGCUGAAUUGAAAAUGAACGGCUUCAGAGCUCGGAGGACGUGGGUAAGAUAUUCAGGGGUGAUUCCAGCGGGAUUCAGUCAGAGCUCAUUAUGAAUUUGCUGCCCUUAUUUUAAAUUGGUACCGUUGUGUUUUGAACAUCAUUUCAGUUUUGUAUUAUUUUUAUUUUUUAUGAUGCUAUCUUCGGGACCAGCUGAUCGAACCUCUCGCUGACAGACCUGUGCUGUAAUAAAGUUCGGAUUGUAUUCUGAUUGUGGAGCAGAGAGUAACGCGAAACGGUUUUAACACGUGUAUCAUAUAGCUUCUCCUUUGUUGAUCUUUCUACAGACUAUUAAAAUAAACGUUUCUCUUCAUUUAA